AUGGCGAAAUCCACCGACGCCGCUUCGGACGACGACAAGAUCAACGUCCUCUUCGUCUGUCUCGGCAACAUCUGUCGCUCCCCUAUGGCCCUUGCUGUCUUCGAGCACACCGCAACCACCUCCGGUGUCCGUUCGCAUUUCGGCAUUCUCGACUCGUGCGGAACUGCCGCGUAUCACACGGGCGAAGAACCCGACGAACGCACCACCGGCCUCUUGGAUCGUCGCAACAUCCCCUACGACCUCGACAACACCGCCCGCGGCAUCUCCGGCGCCGACUUUGACAAGUUCCACUACAUCUUCGGGAUGGACACCAACAACGUGCGCAACCUCAAGCGGAUGCAGCCCUCCGGGAGUCGGGCGAACGUAAGGCUGUUCGGAGAGGUCGAUGACGGUCAACCAAUCGCAGAUAGCUAUUAUACAGGUGACUUCGAGGCAACAUACAGACAGAUUGAGCGCUACUCACGAGCCUUUCUCCGCGAACUAGGCUUGUCAAAAUCAUAG